AUGAACCAUCCUUACAAUAACGUCCAGGAGAUUCAGAGGCAGAUGCAACAGAAGCAACAAGAGCUGGCAAAUCUCCAAAACCUUCUUCUUCAGCAAAAUGCAUCAGUAGCACCGCAAGCUGCCCAGAGCAAUUUCAACCUGCUCCAAUCACAAGGGGACUACCAUGUAGACGCCGCCGCCUUCACACAACACCAACAGCCCAAUGCUGCUCCUCUGCUCAACCGCAGGGCCACAAUACCCAGAAGCAAGUCCAACAUGGGCUACGCUGCCCAACCCACAAGAAUGAUGGAGCGCACAAGUGAUGACUCGCCCCAUCCCGUAAAGCGCGCGAGGGUCAUGUCCCAGCAGCACCCCCGCGCCACGCCCAUGACGGGCAUGUCUAGAAGUGCUUCCAACAGAUCAGAAAAGUCUAUCCCUUUUGUCGUCAAGGGCCCUCUACAGCCCCUCCAGACGUCAAAUAACCCUAAUCCCAUGAUGGACCGCUUCUACCAGAGCCAAGAUGACCCUCAUGUCCUAUUCGAGUCCUCCCUUCAGCGAUCGCCAACAAAUAAACGCCACUCGGGUCUCUCGCCUGUCGAGGAGAACGCAGGUUUCCCAGAGGUCGGCAUGAACCCUCUCGACUUCCUCGCUGCGCAAGACGAGAGCAUACCAUCUCCAGCCAUGGUCCCGCCGCCGCAGAACUUCCUGACGCCCUACGAUGGCCGGAAUUCACAGGCCAGCCUCAUCAACUCGGUUUGCCCGUCCAUGAGCUCUGGCACAUCGGCUGCCGAGACCAUGCCUCUUACGAGGGAGAACAGCUCUUUUGACAACCAGUCACUCAGCGGCGCAUUCGGUAUGACGAGAAUUAACUCGGCACAUUCCCAAGGUGCUGCCGACUUCAUGUCUCCGGAAGUUUACGCUGUCCCCUCCGGCACGUCACCGAAUAAGUCAGAUUACCUCGCCUACGUCGGCGCUGGCACAAGCCUGUCGCCUCAAUAUCCUCAGCAGUCGCCCAUUGAUGAGCAGUUCCUCAGUCAAGGCUCCUCGAUGAUGGAGCGCUCUAUUUCCGCCACCAGCAACGCAUCCACCAAGUCAAGCACCGAGCGCAGGGCAAAAGAAGCACGCCUCCAGCAGAUUCAAAAUGCGAACCGUACAAAGAUCUGCCCCAAGCCUCACGACGCUGUCAAGUCCCAGUCAGCUUCUGCUAAGAAGGAAGGCAAAGUUGCUGUGUCUAAGGGUAGCUACACCCGUCCCAAGCACCCCAAGGUGUUCUGCGACAUGUGCAGCGAUCACCCCGAUGGCUUCCGCGGCGACCACGAGUUGCGCCGACACAUCAACGCUAAGCACGAGGGCAUCGUCAAGAAGUUUGUAUGCCGUGACCCCAGCACGGUCGGCAUGCAAAGUGGCGUUCAGGCUAUCAACCCGCUCUCCAAGUGCAAGCAGUGCGUCGCCCGCAAGCAAUACGGCGCUUACUACAACGCCGCUGCCCAUCUCCGCCGCACGCAUUUCAAGCCCAAGACUCCCCGUGGCAAGAACAAGCGGGGUGACGACGAGGAGAAACGCGGUGGCAAGGGCGGUGGCGACUGGCCCCCCAUGAACGAGCUCAAGCAGUGGAUGGAAGAGGUGUUUGUGGCUGCCGACGACGAGGUUGCCGAUGGCGAGGCCCAAGAGGAAGAUGAGGAGGAGACUCAGGCCACUGCCCAACAGUUCGAACCCUCCAUGUCGAUGGACCUGUCUCUUGGCCACAUGGGCGAGAACAUGACCUACGACAUGGGUUUCCCGCCGUCCUACCACAUGCCUGAGUUGGCGGCAAUCGAUACUACCCAGGCCUCGUACCUGGCUGUUUCCAACAUGCCGCUCUCCUCCGCGUCGGAAGCCUUUGCCUUCUCCCCGUUUGGUCAGAACUCGCCAAUGAACAACGGUUUGUCGCACGAGACGGCCUUUUCCAUCUCGUCGUCAAACACUGUCACACCCACCAACUACCACCAGGACCCGCUUGCCGCGGAGGGCUUUGAAGGCUACACCGCCUACUAA